AUGGCUGUGGAUCAAGAGUCGUUCCUGCAUCUGUCGCGGCCUCUGGCCCCCGUCGCCAACCUGCAGAGCAACAUUGCCCCGCUCUCCGUCAACAUCCAGCCGACGGCCAUCCUCUCCAUCCUCGACCACGCCGUCCGCCGCGAUGCCCCCGCCACGCCCACCACCUCCUCCCGUGUCAUCGGCGCCCUGAUAGGAUCCCGUUCCGAGGACGGCAGCGAGCUCUCCGUCUCGUCCGCCUUCGCCAUCCCCCACACCGAGAACGAGGACCAGGUCGAGGUCGACGUCGAGUACCAGAAGAACAUGCUCACCCUGCACCUCAAGGCCUCCCCGCGCGAGACCCUGCUGGGCUGGUACACCACCUCGCACGAACUUAACAGCUUCAGCGCCCUCAUCCAGAACUUCUUCGCCAGCCCCGAGACCGGCACCUUCCCCCACCCCGCCGUCCACCUGACCGUCUCCACCGACCCCGGCGCCGACGUCCAGCUCAAGGCCUACAUCUCGGCCCCCGUCGCCGUCAACGCCGAGCGCGCCGCCGAGAGCUGCAUGUUCAUCCAGGUGCCCCACCGCGUCUCCUACAACGACGCCGAGCGCUCCGCCCUCGAGCUCAUCUCCUCCGCCAAGGACACCGAGUCGCGCACCGCCCCCAUCCCCUCCGACGUCGAGGGCCUGGUCCGCUCCAUCGAGUCUAGCAUCGACCUGCUCGAGCGCGUCUCGGCCUGGAUCGGCGAGAUCCUCGACGAGGAGCGCGAGCCCAACAACGCCAUCGGCCAGUACCUCAUGUCCGCCCUGUCCCUGGCCCCCAAGGUCGACGCCGCCAGCAUCGAGCACGACUUCAACAACCACAUCCAGGACGUCCUCAUGGUCUCCUACCUGGCCAACAGCAUCCGCACACAGAUCGACCUGAGCCAGCGCUUAGCGACCGCCGUCCUGAGCGACGAGAAGGCCGACAAGGACGACACCAAGGGCGGCGAGAGGGGCGAGCGCGGCGACAGGAGAGGCGGUCGCGGCGGCAGGGGCGGCCGUGGUGGUGGCCGCGGCGGCCGGGAGCAGAGAGAGCCCAAGGAGCCUCGGGAACCCGCGGAAUGA